UCCUACUCUACUCUACACGAGAGGUUUUUUUUUUUUGGUGGGGAGUUUUGCAUUCAGUUUUUGCCUCUUUUCUCACGUAGGACUUCCCAAAUUUUUCGUUUUAAACCAAGAGAAUGGACAGAACCCAACUGCAGCGCCAGGUUGCCCUCAAGAGAAGCUCUCUCUUUGAGCAGCGUUACCUCGAUCAGCAGCAAUUCGUUCAGCUGGAGGAAUUGCAAGAUGAUGCAAACCCAAAUUUUGUGGAGGAAAUUGUGACAUUGUUCUACAAAGACUCAGCUAGACUGUUCCAAAAGAUUGAGCAAGCACUGUACAGUAGGCCUAUAGAUUUUUCCAAGCUGGAUGAUUACAUGCACCAGUUCAACGGUAGUAGUUCAAGCAUUGGAGCUAUAAAGGUGAAGAAUGAAUGCUCCCAAUUUAAAGAAUUUUGUUUGGCUGCAAAUGCUGAUGGAUGCUUCAGGGCUUUGGAGAGAGUGAAACAAGAGCAUCAGACCUUGAGGAUUCACCUUGAGAAUUAUUUUCAGUUGAGGAGGCAAGCAGGACUGGUUCAACGUGUCUGAGUGCCACAUAUUUACCUGAGGUGCCAAGUUGAUAAUAUGGAGAAAAAGAGCUAUCAUCAGCACCAUUUUAUCAUUUUAUGGUCCUAGGGUUUUAUAGAGCACCAUUAAAAUAUCAAGGAGUACUAUGCAGUUUUUCAAUUUUGGUUGGCCAUAAAGCUUAAGUUAUAUAUAUUCCAAAAAAUAUGGAUCUUAACUAGAGUACCAAUAAUGCAGAUGUAGAUCUUUUAUGGUUUGCAUGCAAUUCUAAAUUAUGUAUUAUCUUGGCCCUCUUAU